UCAAUUUGACCGAAAGCUACGACUUGAGCAUCGCUCGACUACGAAGUAUUCGGGUUCUGAAUUCGGUACAUUGUCUUUCACACCAUACACCAUCACCUACUCACUCCAACGAACGUACCUUUCACGACCGGUAUUGCAUUGAUCAUUACUCCUCAGUCGACGACACCACGAGAAUCAACUUUGUGAAGUCCCAAACAGUGGAUCGACUCCUCGUCACUACCAGGUUUCAUACGGCAUCCAUCAGGGACAGGCCUUCGCCAUGGUGAAGGAAACGAAGCUUUACGACGCUCUGGGCGUCAAGCCCUCGGCUACCCAGGACGAAAUCAAGAAAGGCUACAGCCUCCUAGCUCCUCGAUGCAAUCGUGCUGACCCAAUGCUUUUCUACAGAAAAGCCGCUUUAAAAUGGCAUCCCGACAAGAACAAAGACAACCCCGUUUCGUCCGAGAAGUUCAAAGAAUGUUCCCAGGCGUAUGAGAUCCUCUCCGACCCAGAAAAGCGCAAAGUAUACGACACCUACGGCCUCGAGUUCCUCCUCCGCGGCGGCGGGGCCCCGCCACCGGAUGGCACUGCCGGUCCCAACCCCUUCGCCGCGGGCGGCAUGCCGCCCGGUUUCGACUUUGGCGGCAUGCCAGGCGGCGGCACCCGGACAUUCCAUUUCAGCACGGGCGGCGGUGGCGGCGGCGGUCCGUUCAACUUCAGCAACGCUGAAGACGUCUUCGCCGAGUUCCUUCGUCAGCAGGGCGGCGCGGGCGGCGGCAUGGGCGGGGGAGGAGCCGGGGACGAUUUCCCCGGCAUUUUCUCGUCGUCUUUCGGCAGCGCCAGCGGUCGGGGCGGGGGCCGCUCGUCGCGGGUGCGGACCUCGGGCGGCGGGUUCGACGAGUUCGCGUCGUCCAGGGGCGCCCGGGAGUCGACGCCCGAGGUCACGACGGUGGAGAAGCCGCUCGCGGUCUCGCUGGAGGAUAUGUUCACGGGCACGACCAAGAGGUUGAAGAUCAAGCGGAAGAUGUUUGACGAGACGGGCAAGCGGAUCACGGAGGACAGGGUGCUCGAGGUGCCGAUCAAGCCCGGACUGAAGAAGGGUUCGAAGAUCAAGUUCAAGGGCGUCGGUGACCAGGAGGAGGGCGGACAGCAGGAUUUGCAUUUCAUAGUUGAGGAGAAACCGCACCCGCUAUUCACUCGUGAGGGAGACGACCUCAUCCACACGGUUGACCUCGACCUGAAGGAGGCGCUUACGGGCUGGAAACGAACCAUCGCCACCAUCGAAGGCAGACAGAUCAGCAUUGAGAAGUCGGGCCCGACGCAACCCGGCAGCUCGGACAAGUACCCGGGUCUCGGCAUGCCCAUCUCGAAGAAGCAGGGCAGUAGGGGCGACUUUAUUGUCAAGUAUAACGUCAAGUUCCCGACAACCUUGACCGCGGACCAGAAGCAGAAGCUGAAGGACAUUCUGUAAACAAACAACAGAAGCAUCCAGCCUACAUAUUCAGGCGAGGG